AUGAUCUCAACGCUUCCUGACGAAAUAUGGUCCCAAAUAUUCGACCUCGCCGCUGAUGAAGACAUACUUUUCCAACAAGGGUUCCCAACGGUUAUGGCGGAAUCUGCUUGGUACCAGGACAAAGUUGGAGGUGAAUUUGAUACACUUCCAAUUAGUCGCAGGUGGUCCUUGGAAUCUGCAAGUUGGAGGUUGCGAUCACCGCAACAAGCCAUGAAUCUACUACAAAGCAGGAGCUAUGCUACAAAGAUGGCUAUUAUAUCUACCUGUCGUCAGUGGCGGGCAGUGGGAUCUGAAUUUCUUUUCCGUUGUCUCUACUUCAGCGAUCCAUCAAAGUUGGUUCCGCUAUGUGCCAUCCUCGACAAAUCGGCAUCCACGACCACAACUGUGACUUCUUCCAUUGGAUGGUGGACGCGGCGGAUCCAUGUCUCACAGUUUCAUCCCACCAAAGGACUCACUCUUCAGGACCUUGAGGAUACCCUUGUAUCCAUCAUACGCCACUGCCCCAACCUCGAGAUUUUCGUCGUCGAAAGGCCGAUGGGAGCUGCAUUUGGUCCAGUAGCCGACGCAUUGGCGAUGUACUCUUCCAAGAAAUUGCAUACUGUCCAGUGGAAUGUUCCAGGGGAGUCGAUCGCGAAGGUGAUCUGGGCACUGGCGGCCCUCCCUAACGUCAUCGCGACCCAUAUCGAUGUAGACAGUGCAGUACCCGUUGGGCAGGAAUGCGCGAACCUCGGUGCGGCAUCUAAUCUGCCGCUAAAGCUGCCCUUCUUGCAGCAGCUCUCGCUGCGCGGCUACGUUGAGGAACUCAUCGAACACGCGGCAGGGUGGGAGCUGCCCUCGUUGCGCGUAUUCUCUGUCGACUCAGGCAAGAGCGUGCACGACGUACCGGACGUUCUCGAGUUUGUCAAAGCGCACGGUCUGUCUUUGGCCCUCCUCGACCUCAACUGUAGCCCCGUUGACGUGCCAGCCGUCCUGGACCUGUGCCCCAACCUCACAACAUUCACAUUCAACGCCGACUGGCCGGCGCCACCGCACACUAACACGGCGACGGACCUCGUGAAGCACCCCCAUUCCAAUAUCACGACAAUAGGGCUCCACGGCCUCUGCUCUGCGUUCGGGGUGGGCUAUACAGCCGCACCCUCCGCCGACCCGAUCAUGACGCGGGUCACGCAGAGAUCGAAUGACCGGAAUGUCGCGGCGCUCACUAGACGCAAUUUCCCCAAGUUGACGAGGGUAAGGGCGCUUAGCCGGACGAUGCUCAAUGAUUUGAACCAUUCGGACGGCCCGUCCAUGGAGAAUGGUGGGUAUGAGCGGUGGAAUAAGUGGUGGAACGCAUGUGUGGGGAAUGGGAUUAGGUUGGAAGAUUGUACAGGGCAGACGCUUGGUACGCUGCCGCAGGACGAGCAGGAAGAAAGCGAUGAAGAGGAUGGGGACAGCGAUGGGUGGGGGUCUGAAUCAGAGGAAGAAGAGGAGGAAGAUGAUGCGGUGUAUAAUGUUCCACCCCUUCCAGAAGGAAACGGGCGCACGAUGGAGUUGACACGAUUAUUGCAAGAGGUCAGGGCAAUGAACGAGGGACGCGAUGAGGCACUCAUCGCCAGGAUACGGAUACCAAGACCUGAUUCUCCAGGCAAAUAG